UUGGCCUAAUCCCCUCCUUUCAUUUUUCUUUGUUUUUCCACAUCACGACAAAAAUCCUACAUCCAUAAAACACCUUCCAUUCCUCCCCUCUCAAAAAUUUCAAUCCCCUUCUCUCUCUCUCUGUUGGUUUUGCUUUCAAAACCAAACUUGGAGAGCUCCUUUCUUUUCCCUUUUCAAAACCCUUAUCUUCUUUUAUCUUCUUGACUAGCUAGCUAGAAGUUCCUUUAAUAUCUUAGGUUUUCUUAAGUUUAGUGCUAGUUGGUUUAGUUAAACAUGAAGCAUCCACAGUCAAGUUUGCCUCCAGGGUUUAGGUUCCACCCUACAGAUGAGGAACUCAUCCUUCAUUACCUAAAGAAGAAAGUGAGUUCCUCACCCUUCCCUGUUUCCAUCGUUGCCGAUGUCGAUAUCUACAAGUUUGAUCCCUGGGACUUACCAGCUAAAUCUGCCUUUGGGGAGAAAGAAUGGUACUUUUUCAGUCCUAGAGACCGCAAGUACCCUAACGGUGCAAGGCCGAACAGGGCAGCUGCGUCCGGCUACUGGAAAGCCACUGGCACGGAUAAGGUUAUAGUGACAUCUUCAAUGGAAGCUGGAGUAGGUGGAGUGCAAGAGAAUAUUGGUGUCAAGAAAGCUCUGGUGUUCUACAAGGGAAGGCCUCCAAAGGGGAUAAAGACUAAUUGGAUCAUGCAUGAAUAUCGUCUUGCGGACAGCCCUAACUCCAACUACAAUAAUAGACCAGUGAAGUCUAAAGAUUGCUCCAUGAGGUUAGAUGAUUGGGUUCUUUGCCGGAUCUACAAGAAGUCCCAUGCUUUAUCUCCAACAUCAGCAGCAGCAACAAGUGAUCAGGAUCAAGAGGAAGAGGAAGCGAAACAGUUCAUUCAAGAUGCCCUUUUACCAGCCCUGAAAAGUCCUCCAGGCAAUAAUACCCUCCAGCCCCAGAAAUCCUGUUCCUUCUCCAACCUAUUAGAUGCCGUGGACUACUCAAUGCUGAGUAGUUUCCUGGCUGACAACCAGUGCAAUACAACUGGAUAUGAAUCAUCUUCAUUCAGCUUUGGGAACCUUGAACAGCCAUUGGACAAUAACUACACCAAUAGCAUCAACUCCAGCAGCAUGUUACUGCAAAAGCUUCCCCAGUUGAACUCUUCAGUUCCAAACAUGGAAAACAAACUCAAGCGCCAAUACUCGAGCAUUGAUGAGGAUUACUUGCACCCAUCAAAGAAACUUAUCAGUUCUUGCAGUUACAGUAACAGCACUAGCCAAUAUGAUAUGACUCAAUACAACUUUCUAAGCCAGUCAUUCUUCAACCAGAGCUUACUUUUAAGUCCUCACCUUCAAUUCCAAGGAUAAAAAGAAAAAUUCCAAAAAAAAAAAGAAAUUGGAAUAGAAAUGGGAAGGAAAGAUAAGAAGAAUAACCAAUGCUUGAGCUUGUCUAGGCCUUGGUGAAAGUGUGUUUGGUUUUUCUGUUAGAAAAAAGACAACCUGUUAGAAUGAUUGAACUCCUUAGAAUGGUAUCAAAAAGCUGAUGCCAUUGCAAAGUCAAAAGAUUAUGGAAAAACAUUGUAAAAGAAGUUAAAAAUGGAAUCAUAGAUGAUUUUUGUAGAAAAUUUAUGUAGUGGUGGAAGUGCCAGAUCAGAUUCACACUUUGUAUAUACUGUUUAUCACCAACUUUCCACACCAAUUGUUGUGCCAAAGACAAAUGGAAUCAAGAUUGUCAUUUACUUUUCA